AUGAACGGCUAUUCGGAUCACAGCCUCGAUGAGGAUGCCUUUGGGGAGAAGAGAGGUGGCGGAUCUGGUUUGAAGACGUUUGAUGCCUUUCCCAAAACUAAACCCAGCUAUACAACUGCCUCGCGCCGCGGAGGACAAUGGACGGUAUUCAUCUUCGCGAUAUGCACAUUUCUCUCGAUAGCAGAAUUAUUGAAAUGGUAUCGUGGCACAGAGAUACAACAUUUCAGUGUUGAAAAGGGAAUAUCGCGCGAAUUGCAAAUGAAUAUAGAUAUGGUUGUCAAAAUGCCUUGCAAUGACGUGCGAGUCAAUGUGCAAGAUGCGUCCGGCGAUCAUAUCAUGGCCGGCCUGUUGCUGAUGAAGGAUAACACGAAUUGGGAACUCUGGAACGAGAAACUGAAUCAAAUCUCGUCCGGUGUGCAUGAAUACCAGACUUUGAAUGCUGAAGCUACGCGACGACUGUUGGAUCAGGAAGAAGAUGUGCAUGCGCGCCAUGUGCUGCAACAUACACGCAGAAAUCGUCGCAGGAAAUUCCCAAAGAGUCCUAAAUUGUCCUCGAAACAGCCAAUCGACUCGUGCCGUAUCUAUGGUAGCUUGGAAGGGAACAAAGUGCAUGGGGACUUUCAUAUAACGGCUCGAGGACACGGCUAUAGCGACGUUGGCCAACAUUUAGACCAUUCGGUAUUCAACUUCACUCAUAUGAUCACCGAGCUGUCCUUUGGACCUCACUACCCGUCACUACUCAACCCCCUCGACAAAACCAUAGCCGAUACAGAAAGCCAUUACUACAAGUACCAGUACUUCCUUAACGUGGUCCCAACCAUCUAUUCCAGGGGCAACGGCGCCGUUGAGAAAUACACCAAAAAUCCCGCAAUCGCAUACUCGAAAUCCCGCAACACCAUAUUCACAAAUCAAUACUCGGCCACGAGCCAUUCAUUUCCUCUCCCAGAGGAUCCUUUCUACACCCCAGGUAUCUUCUUCAAGUACAAUAUUGAGCCGAUUCUGCUCUUUGUCAGCGAGGAGCGAGGCAGUUUUCUGGCCCUGUUGGUGCGCUUGGUGAAUGUUGUCUCUGGCGUGAUUGUCACUGGUGGCUGGCUCUACCAGCUGAGUAGCUGGGCUGCAGAAGUACUCAGACGCCGGAGACGGGGAGGGUAUUCACAGGGUGUUUUGAAUGGACGAACACAUUCCGCUGAGGAUGAGGAAUGA